AUGUCGCUCUCCGUCUCGGAGGUCUUUGAGCCGCAGGGGCGGCGGGACACGGUGGUCGGGAUGCGCCGCGAGUGGAACUUCUCCCUCACCUUCGUCCACCAGGCGGCGCGGGUGGUGAUGCAGCUCUCGCCGCAGUGGGAGAGCACCUUUAUUGACCCACGCGACUUUGAGCAGCUCAACCGGCUGGACCGCGACGUGAAGCACUGCCCCAUGAUGCCGGCGCUGCAGUACACCGACCUCAGCGCCGUGAUGAAGCCGAACAACGAGCUCUGGACGGAGAUUCCAAAGCGGGUGUCCAUCAUGUACUCGCACAUCCCGCCGGACAUGACGCUGGCGGCGUACUGCGUCCGCAGCGUGCAGCACGUUCUCUCCGACCCCCACGUCGUCUCCGUUGACGGCUGCACCGACCUGCUGCACCUGCGCGUGGGGGACAAGCUGCGUUGCCCGCACCGGCUGGGCGGCCAGCGCAGCUUCCAAUUCCGCUACCACGUCUCCGUCAAGUCGCAGCUGAUGAAGGACGCGGUGUACGCGAUUGGGACGAUCAUCAACCAGCGUGGCUACCUCUGCACCGUGCGGUGCGGGGAGGAGGAGGAGCUGGAGGGGUACGUGGCGAAGAACUUCCUGCCGCAGUACACCAACCCAGACAAGUUCGCCGUGGACCAGGACGUGGCGUACGAGGAGAUGUCGUCCACGGUGCUGAAGGAGCAGCAGGAGCUCUUCGGCGAGCUGCGCUACUUUGACGCCGACGCCUCCGUUGCCUUCUCCAUCCCGAUGCACCCCAUGCGGAUACGCCCGGAUUUUUCCCCCACGCAAACGGUGGGUGUGGGCUCCGUCGCCUGCAUGACGCUGGAGCUCGACGUGCACCAGAAGCUCAUCGACGACUUCGCGGAGGCGGAGAUCACGGGGAUGCCAAAGUACAAAAUCAACCCGGUCAUCCUCUUCCUCGACGUGGAGGACGUGGCCCGCAUGGGCUACCCCCGCAUCAUGUCCACGGAGCAGUACAGCCACCUCAAGACGAAGCGGCUGCUGGACAUCUUCGCCGACGCCAAGCUCGUGGGGACGCCCGUGACAAACCACAUGGGGAUCCGCACGGGCCGCAGCCGAACCGUGACCCUCACCUACGAGCCGCUAAGCACCGUCGUGAAGGUGAUGACCGUCUCCACCCUCGUUGGCAGCCUCGGUGUCUCGGCUGUCUUUUUGACGAAGCUCGGCGGCGGCCUCUUUGACGCCCACCUCUACCUGUACCAGCAGCUCCUCGAGGGCAUCAAGUUCUGCGAGCGCACCGCCGCGAAGACGCUCUUUAGCCGCUUUCGCACCGUCAACGUCCGCCUGCUGGAGCAAAGCCUGCCGCGCGCGUACUCCAGCGCCCCGGCAGACGAGCGGCAGGCGAUGGAGCGGCACCUCAAGUUUCUGCGGGAGUCAAGCGACGGUCGGGUCGAGGGGGCCGUCGCGAUUCCCGUGCCGGCGGAGGAUGGAGGGCUGGAGAAGCGCCACCGCCAGCACAAGCGGCGCCUCUCCCCGCACUACCGCAGGCAGAUGCACUCCCCGCACUCAACCGUGAACGACAGCGUGAGCGGGCAACACUCGGUGGGGUCAAACAGCAGCCAGAUGGUCGUCUUCCGCGGCAGCGAGAGCGGCGGGGAGCGCAAGUUCAGUGAUCUCGUCUACGAGGAGGACGAGGAGACGUCCAACGACGAGGAAGGGGCGUCCACGUCGAUCCUUGGGCUCUCCUAUCACAGCGCCUCGGACAUCAGCGUCACCAGCAUUGCCCACCUGCAGGGGAUGGCCCCGGACGACUCCUUCGUCGACGGGGAGGCGGGGGGCUCCCCGCCGCGGCGCCCCAACGCCGCCGUCGCCGCCUCCCCGAACGAAAGCGUGGAGUUGGGCGCGGAGCGGGCGACGGCGGCGGCGUCGCUCGCGCAGGCGCCAGCGCCGCACGGCUCCCAGGAACCCUCCUCGCCGAUGCUCACGGAGGUGGCGGAGGGCGAGACGCUUUGCCCGUCGUCGGCGACGACGACGGUGGAGCGGCUGGCCGUGGGGCCCUCCAGCACUACUUCCGCCGCCCAAGACGGCGCGGAGGGCGGCGCGGCGGAGACGUCACAGCCGAACCUGCAGCAGCAGCAGCAGCAGGAGGAGGACAGGGACGAGGAGCAGCGCCACCAGCAGCAGCUUCGCGAGGUGCUCAAGGACAACGAGGCGGACGUGUACUUUGGACCCUCCCUGCACGACAUCUACGUGCGCUCGUGCGACAUGCAGCGGUGCAAGCCGAACAGCUACCUGCUGAAGAAGCUGCCGACCGAUCCGCGUUUCACCAACGGCGUGCGCGAGUUGGACCUCAGCUCCAACUACUUGGGCCGAGGCGGGUUUGUCGCGCUGCUGGGUCUCUUGGAGCACCUCCCACGGCUGCGGGCGGUGUACUUCAACGACAUGUCACUCGACAACGUGGACGCCGAGAACCUCUGCGAGGUGCUCGCCGGCAACAAGAGCGUGCGGGAGGUGUACCUCCGCAAUAACAGCAAGAUUACGCUCCCCGCGACGCGCUUCUUCACGCGGCUGCUGCGGGGGAACGCCAACAUCGUGGUGUUAGACCUGGAGGGGACGCGGCUGGGGCACACCGUCGUCAAGAAGCUGGAGGAGGAUGCGAGGAAGAACGCCGCAAAGCGUGGGGCGGAUCAGGCGUGA